UCUUACAUUUAUUCAAACAUGCUAACAUGCAAAACUGGAUUUGAGAGUGGGAGGAGCUUGUGUGCAUAGUCUCAAUCUGUUGGGACAGAUAUCAUAUCAUAUUUCUAUUGGCCCUUUGGCGUCUCCCUCCAAAGGCAGACUGCUACAUAUAGGUGACGUUAACAGGGGCAUACAUGUAAACCAUCAAAUUAGAUAUAACUGACUGAAGAAAAAGUGGAGACCAAUACUGUCAGAGUAAACUAAAUCUGCUGAGCGUUCGGAUGGCAGAGAGAGGCGCCAGUGAUGGUGAUCCAGGGGAGAGGGGGUUGCGGACACAAGCGGAUAAACAACCUUCUCCGGCUGAAGAGGGCAGCGCGGUUCUAGAAGCUGUCCCGGACCGUCAAGUCGUUAACUGCCAGGAAGGUCAGGCCCAGCCCCCUGGUCCUCAAAGCACAGAGGCUCCUGGGUCUCCGGAAGAGGACUACGGCUCAGAGUGUCCGGGAUGCCAGGCCAUGGGUGCCCUGGUGCUUCCCUGUGGGCACAGGCUCUGCACAGCUUGCGUCCAGCUCAGCGGCGGGGGCCGGGGGGAGAUGGGCCCCGGCUGCUGCACCGUUUGCUACGGGACCCAGCUGAUGGACUCGGUCCUUCACACCCUGCUGGAGGUCCUGUUCCAGGGCCAGUCCAGGAGGCCGCCGGAGGGAGUAGAAGAUCGGAAGAAGGCCGCUGUGGAAGCAGGGGACUCGGGUAGGGCCGGUGUGGAGGAACUCUGCUCACGGCACGGCCAGCCUUGCACCAUGUUCUGCUUGGAGGAAGAGGAGCCACUCUGUGAGGAGUGUGUUGAGGAGGAACACGACCACCACCACUGCUGCUCCUUACAGGAGGCCGUCAGGGCUUGCAAGAGCGAGUUGCAAUCUUCUCUUCAAUCCCUAAGAGAACAGCGGGAGACUCUGAAGUCCAUUAAGGAUUCCUGUCAGGACACUGCUAAUUAUGUCAAGAACCAGUUAGUGCGCACGUCACAAGUGCUGCGGGAGGAGUUUGAGAAGAUGCACCAGUUCUUGCGGGACAGAGAGGCAGCUGCCAUGACAUCCCUGAGGAGGGAAGAGGAGGAGAAGAGUCUGCGGAUUGCUGAGAAGAUGGAGAAACUUACAGACGGCAUCGACGAACUGAAAGACGCAAUGCAACAGACGGAGGAGGCCAUGGUGUUGGAAAACCAUGUCUUCCUGAAGAACUACAAGAGGGCUUCUGAAAGGGCUGGGUACAGAAUAGCUGAGCCAGAAGAGGAGUUAGGAUCGCUGCUGGAUGUGGCCAACCACCAGGGUUGUCUUCACUUCCAUGUCUGGGAAAAGAUGCUGGACACCUUUGAAUAUGUCCCAGUGACUCUGGACCCCAACACAGCCUCUGCCUGGCUGAGCAUUUCCCCAGACCUGGCCAGCGUGUGUGCCUGCGAGGAGACUCACACGCUUCCAGUUCCGGCCAACCAGGAGAGAUUCGUGGGGCCGAGGGCCGUCCUGGGCUCCGAGGCCUUUGAGGCCGGGAGACACAGCUGGGAGGUUGAGGUGGGCGACAACACCUGCUGGUCCCUGGGAGUAGCCAGAGAGAACAUCAGCCACAGGAAGGACUCCUGGUCAGGAGGAUUGGAGCCAGGUGGGGAGGACAGUGUGGCUGGCCUCGGCGUCAGUGAACGCUGGGUGCUUUCCCUCUCCGAUGGCCAUUAUCGUGCCUUUCCCAGCCAUGGUGGCGGACCGAUCGGGCUGAGACGAAGGCCCCGUCGAGUCACGGUUCAGCUGGACUGGGAGAGGGGUUGUCUGACGCUGUCGGAUGCAGCAGACAACAGCCUGAUUUACCGCUUCAAGCAGCAAUGGAGCGGCCCGCUACGGCCCUACCUCUCCACCACGUGUGCCAAACAUCCGCUGCGUAUCAAUGCCAGGAAGGUGACAGUGAUCGCAGACUAGGACGUCCUGUUCAGAAGGCUGUCGUUGAUGUCCAGAGUACACUGGGUAAACACACCAACAGGGUUUCUCUUUAGGAAUUAACUAUUCAAGUGUUCCUCAGAGGCUUUGUCUCUUGACGGUCAACAGUUAUGGUUAUGAAAGUGUGAAUACCACAAUAUAAAUCCCAUUUAGUGGUUAAGGUUAUUUUGAUUGAAUAAAAGUAUGUACAUAGGCCGGUAUUUUAGAAAGGUACACAUUUAAAUAUGAAUUUAAUAGGUAGUUAGCUUUAAAAAAACGAUAUAUACGGUUGUUUCACACUUACAGACUUUUAACCUUGUGUCUGUGUAGAUUAAGAUAAGAACUUUAUUUCAUCCCAUGCAUGAAAAUUCACUUGUUACAGCAGCCCAUGGAAUAUAGAAAGUAUUGCUGUAUAGAAAUACAGCAAUACAUGCAUACAUACAUCAAAUAAAAUCAAAAAUCACACAGUGAUUACAAUGUCAUGCCAAAAGGGCAUAAAUGUACACCCCUGGGGUUUCAAAAUAAAUUAGGCUAAGAGGUCCUACACUACAUAAUAAAUACUUAAUUACACAUGGAAACAGCGGUUUACAGCAUAAAAAAAUACAGAUGCAACAAUAUUGUUAUAAAAAGUCCUUAAAAGAGGCAUACACACCGACUUUUUUUUGAUGACUUUUGCCCUUCUCUGUAAUCUAGGGCCUUCUUUGGCCCUAGAUUACAGCAUGUUGUGAAUUUACAAUGAUUAUUCUGUUUGUGGUCAGUAUGUUUAUCAGUCUAAUUCUGCUGGGUUUACACUGUGGGUGCAUAGCAAUUAAAUAGUUUUCCACCUCCAUCUCAUCCAUCUCUUUGGGUCUCGCCAUGCUGACGGGAAACACUGUUCACUCUUGCGCAGUCUCUCCGAGUGAGUAUCAUAUGAUCUGGCUUUACUAUGUAAACACAUUGCUCUACAAAUACACAACCAACAACACACCAAUGCCAUCGACCUUCUUCCUAAAAUAGAGAAAGCAACAGUUACUCAACACAAAACCAGAGUGGACCCCCUACUGCUUUCGUGUAGUGAUUUGUAUUGGCAUCGAUAAUAGACACAUUUAUCCGAUGACUGCAAUUGUCUUAAUUUUUCAAACCAUCUCAUGUGGGCUGAAUUAUUCAGAGACAGCAGAAUCCAUUGAAUAUCCAAUAACAAGAAUAGUGUUGAUAAUAAUUAAAAUAUUGAAAACAACAAUAAUUACAUUGAUAAUUAGUGUCAUAUCAAAAAAGGUAGAAAGUGUAAGUGGAAAGUCUCGUGUACAAAAGGCUUUGGAGCAAAUGUCCCAUAUUUGCAAUACAAGAGGCUGCAGUUUCCGGACCGCAGUUUCAAUUUCAAUGGCCAUCGUCUUUCUAUUUAUUUAAAGGGAUGAUAUAAUAAAUUGUUGUCUUUUCCCUUUGUUUCAGACUGUUAGAUGAUGUACAUAUACCUGUUGUACGUCAACCAAGCUAGAAAACCCGCUCCUCAAUAAGUGCGUGAAUCAGCUUGAACUUGCGUCAGAAUGUGCAGUGGGCGGUGUUGAAGUGAAGAAGUCCUGCCUCCCAGCUACCCGAAAUGUUUACAACUUCUCGGGGAUGUGGAUUUGCUGACACACGCGCAAAGCAUUCGCCCAAUACUUAAAGCGACAUAAUACAAAUCAGACCGUUUUUGAGAGACGCUGAAAUUGGUUUUGCAAAAAUGAACAGUGUUCGAAUAAUACGGGGUAUUUAUUAUACAGAUGUAACCCUAUUUUAGUAGUUCCCCCAAAUGCAAUUAUUACUGACAAACCGUCCACUUCUGCCACCUAGUGGGGGCCAGUCUCCAUUCAUCUCCCACACACCUGCCCGCAAUCCUCAUCAGCUCCCAGUAUCAGCCCCGGACAAUCAUCGCCAGAUCGUAAUAGACUGAACAGUUCAUAUAGCUUCUUGGCCCCAUCAGUUUAAUCCUACUUGUAAGAAUGAUCCUGUCCCACCCACCUAACCCGUGCUUCCUUGUUCCCCAGUUCCAUGCUCCUCAGUCAGGACUUAGCUUGACCUUUUCCGGAUUCCCCCCAUUCUCCAGCGCCCCGGAUUCUCAAUAAAUUCCUCUGUACCGUCAA